AUUUUAAAUUGGGCGGGUCUGCUUUUGAGGGGCCGGGUCCGAUAACUAAUUUGCGUUCAAAUCAUUCUUCUGGAGUGGAGACACUGUCUUCUUGGAUGGUUCUGUAACUAGCUUCUGCAGUUCUAUUACCGCCCAUCACUACUGGGAGUUAUCUUGGCCGUUUUUCUCUUUGAUAAGUAGUCCACACAAUGAAGUUGUUGGUAUAUACUCGUAUCAUAAAGGUCCUCUUCUCUCUCCUCCUCCUUAUGUCAGGUGAUGUAGAGCUCAACCCAGGACCUAAUCCAAAGGAGAUACUAAUGAAAUAUUGGGCUAAGCUAUCCAAAGCAAUAUCAGCUAAUGUUAGCAAUGUAGCCAAUGCAUUGUUUUCCAAGGACCUAAUAACACGUGGGACUAGAGAAUACACGUUGACAGCACUUGGCCCAACUAGUACUGAUAAAGCCACUAGAUUAAUGAUUGAUGUGGUGGAUCAGCUAGAAGCUUCUAUUGAUGAAAGACAGUAUUUAGUUAAGGUGUGUAGUGUAUUAACUAAACAAGGUGCAGCAAUAAAAGAGAUAGGAAUCAUUAUGCUUAAAGAACUAGAAGAAGACACUGCUACUGUCCAUCCUCCUCUUCCUCAAAGUGGAGCUAGUGAAGGCAAGAAACUUAACUUGAGAACAGCCUUAAGGAUAUUUCAUUCUUCUGCUCAUCAUUACAGACUGAUAGGGACUGUAUUGGAUGUAAAAGUAGCAGAUCUGAAAUUAACUGAGGAUGUAACUAGUAAUCUCAUCACAGUAUUCGAGAGGUGGUUUGAUGCCAAUAGAAAUGUUAGUUGGGAUACAUUAUUGGAACUUUGUGACAACUUUCCUGAUCAAUUGGGCAAAGCAAAGGCUCAUCUAAAUAAAUUUUUUCCAAAAAUAGGAGAGAAUACAAGUAAUUUUGAUAAUGUAAUAGAAGUAGAACCAGGUACUAUAAAGAAGUGGUUUGAUGAUGAAAAAGAAGGCUGGAUUGAUUUGACCCUCACUCGUGUACAUAUGGUUGGGCCUGCUGGCUCUGGUAAAUCAUGUGCACAAAACCUUCUACUUAAUGAGCCACCACCAAAACACUUACCUUGUACCACCUCAUCUGAAGACCUUCUCACCUGUUCUGACACCCCAUUUUCUGACCCUAAAAUCCUUGAACAUUCAUCUUCCAACCCUCAAAUAUCUUCUGAUACCUCACAAUCUUCUGAUCCACAUGCCUCUCCUGAUUCUAUGACUGACCUACACUACAACACUACUACCUCCUCUUCAAACACCUCCUCUAAGUCUAUCACUGACAGUACACCAAUAGCUUGUAAAGCUGUCAAAGCUCUAAGAGUUACUUCUAAUGAUAAUGAGACUUGGAACAGAAUUACUAAAGAUGAAUUGCUGGAGAGAUUAGCAUCUAGUUUAAAAAGAGCUGUGGCCAAGUUUUCUCAACAAAAGCAAGCUACGUCCACACUUUCAUUUUCAGAUGAGUCAGAAUCAGAUGAUGAAUUUACACCAGAAGCCCCAGAAGGGCCUCGUGAUUAUGGAACUGUAGUUAAUGAAAUAGUUCAAUGCCUUUCUGUAGCAAAAGCUCAAUUAAGUGAGAAAUGGGCAUACAUUAUUGAUUCUGGUGGUCAACCAGCAUUUCAAGAGCUGCUACCAGUGUUUACUAGGGCAGCUUCUCUUAAUGUCAUCACACUUGACCUUUCUAAAGGUAUCGAUGAUGAGUUUGAGUACACGUACCGAAUUAAUGGAAAAGAGUUUAAAUGCGAUGAGAAAAUGAAAUAUUCAAACCGUAAGGUUUUCAAUUCUGUCGUUUCAGCAGCAUCAGUUCAGAAACCAUUAGAUAUUCCGUAUUUGACCAAGCCUUCUCAAGAGGCUACUUUCAUUCACUCUAUGUCUUUUGUUCUUGGUACUCAUUACGAUGUGGUGAUUAAAAAUAGCAAAAAUGAAAAAGAGGCAUUUGCACAGGUGAAGCAAAUGAGCGACGAUUUGAUGAAACAACUGGAUUCUCAUUCUAAGAAGUACAUUAUUCCUGAUGUACAUGAAGAUUCUACGUGUAUCAUAUUUCUGGUUGAUACAUUAAUAAAAGAUCGAGGUGAAAGAAAGAGGGUCAGCCAGGAAAUUUUUAAAAUUGUAGAUCGAAGUCAGACUUCUCUUAAAGUAAAAAUCCCGAUCUGGCUGUUUGUUUUUGAGCUUUGCUUAGAGAAAAAAGCUGAAAGUAAUGGUGGUUUUGUUACAAGAGAAGAAGCUGACGACGAAGGUAAGAGACUUCACAUGACUCCUAGUGAUGUUGAAGAUGCUCUAACUUACAGUACCUUCACAAUUGCACCAUUAUUCUAUACUAUCCUGAUAUUGAACCUCAAUUAGUGUUUGUUGACCCGCAGAAAAUUCUUGAAGUACUUUCACAAUUAUUGGCUCUCACAUAUGUCAAAAAGGAUACUGCACAGAAAGUAUUUAAACCAAAAUUGAAAAUAACUUGGGAUGAAAUGGCCCUAUUAAAAAAUCAGGGUCGCUUCAAAAAAGAUCUUCUUAAGAAGUUCACUGUAUUCACUGGUAAAUUUCAGCCAGAUUACUUCAUCAAUUUGCUUAACAAAUGCCACAUCAUUGCUCAACUACAGAAAAACAAAAGUCAAGCUAAAGAUGUAGUCUAUUUUCUUCCUUCUGCUUUAAGUUCAUAUGAUGAUAGCUUUGAAAAGAGCCCUACAGAUAGAAAACCUCUACUUUAUGUUUGGAGAAAGCAAGUGGCUGGAGAAGAUGUAGGAAAAGUCUUUGUCAAUGUACCUCAAGGAAUCUUCCCUCUGAUGAUUGUUCGUUUACUCAAGGAAGAAGAAUACGUUGUCUGGCUAUCUAAUCCUGAUGACGUCUCACAAUUUCGAAAUGCAAUAUCGUUAUGGAUCUCUUUUGACAAAAAUGAUGAUGACCCAGAUGAACGUUUGUACAUCAUUAAUCGUGGGAAGCAUAUUGAAGUUAUUUUUACUGGAAAGAAGGAACAUUGUCCAAAAAUUAACACACUACUUUGUAAAGUCAUCAAAAAGAGUGCAGAUGUCAUCAACAUUUCAGUUAAAGACUUGAACAUAGCUUUUGCUUGCCAACGUGACAACAGUGAAUACUGUAUUAUCAAAAAUGAAGCAGCUCAAAUAAUAGGUUGCUGCUCUAAACCUGCUCACACUUGUACUCUUGAUGACAGCUAUUGGUGCUGGUUCAAUACAUCAGGCCAGGAGCUUAAUAAUGCAGUAGUCUUGAGGAUAUUUUCUACUUCUGCUAGUGAGUAUAACCUAAUAGGGACUGGAUUGGGUGUAGAUGUGUCUGAUCUGACACAGAUCCCAGGCCAAGCAAUGAAUAAUCUUAUUAAAGUAAUUGAAAGGUGGUUCAAAGCCAACAAAGAUGUCAGCUGGGAUGCAUUAAGACAACUUUGUAAAUACUUCCCCAAACAACUGGGCCAAGCAGAAGCUAAGCUAGAUGAAGUACUUGGUAAAGAAGAAGAUUCACCUCCAAUUCCAACUGUACCAGAACCUCAACCAGAGACAAUUGAAGAAAGACGGAAGCGUAUUUUUGCAAAAAGAACUAAUGAGGAAUCUGCCUUGUCUGAACACUACCUAGCUAGGAAGAAAGUAAAGUUAUCUCAGCCUACUGUAAUAACAGAAGAUGAUUAAUUUUAUUAUUAAAAAUAAUUUUCAUUUGUCAGGUCUGUCAUAAUUUAUUAAUUUUUGAGGGGUCAGGCCCAAUAAUUAAAUUGUUUACUUAAUAAUGCAGGCUUGAAAACAGCUAGAAAACAGCUAGAUCUAUAACGU